CUAAAAAAGAGGCUCGAGUUUUUGUCGCUGUUAUAUUAGAAAUAAACGACGACGAUGAAGAACACUGAAAGACUCGCCAAUUUGGCUUUAGCAGCUUUUUAUGAACCAAACUAACUACCAAAAUCAACAAGCAAAUGGAUGCACUUUGCAGUUUGAUUCCCAUAUCCCCACCUUUCUCAGCCCAAAUGCAUUACUAUUGUAUCUUUGGAAGUAUUAGAUUUCAUACCUCAUGAAUCUUGGGUUGACAUUGGCACCACUUGUUAUGAAGGUAGACCCUAACUUGAAUGUUAUUUUGACUGCAUGCCUCACUGUAUAUGUUGGCUGCUAUCGUUCUGUCAAGCCAACUCCACCAUCGGAGACAAUGUCUAACGAGCAUGCUAUGCGCUUUCCGUUCGUUGGGAGUGCAAUGCUGUUAUCACUUUUCUUACUGUUCAAAUUCUUAUCAAAAGACUUGGUUAAUGCUGUAUUGACAUGCUAUUUCUUUGUGCUUGGAAUCAUCGCUCUUUCGGCAACAAUAUUGCCUGCCAUAAAACGCAUCUUGCCAGAGCAAUGGAAUAAGGACCUUAUCGUUUGGCGUUUUCCGUACUUCCGCUCUUUUGAGAUUGAGUUCACAAGAUCUCAGAUCAUAGCUGCAGUCCCUGGAACCUUUUUCUGUGCAUGGUAUGCUUCGCAGAAGCAUUGGCUGGCUAACAACAUUCUGGGCCUUGCAUUCUGCAUUCAGGGAAUUGAAAUGCUUUCUCUUGGAUCAUUUAAGACUGGUGCCAUUCUCCUGGCUGGGCUUUUUGUAUACGAUAUUUUCUGGGUUUUUUUCACUCCUGUGAUGGUUAGUGUUGCGAAGUCUUUCGAUGCUCCUAUAAAGCUUUUGUUCCCAACGGCAGACUCUGCACGACCAUUCUCCAUGCUUGGACUUGGUGACAUUGUAAUUCCUGGUAUUUUUGUAGCACUAGCAUUAAGAUUUGAUGUAUCUAGGGGGAAAGAGAGCCAGUAUUUUAAGAGUGCAUUUAUGGGAUACACAGUGGGGUUGGUCCUUACUAUUGUUGUCAUGAACUGGUUUCAAGCUGCUCAGCCUGCACUUCUGUAUAUUGUACCGGCUGUUAUUGGAUUCUUGGCUGCUCACUGUAUGUGGAAUGGAGAAGUCAAACCGUUAUUGGAGUUUGAUGAAUCAAAGACUGCGGUUACAUCUCAAGAAAGUAGCGAUGACAAAUCUAGCAAGAAGGUGGAAUGACUUAGAAGCGCGCACAGGCACUGAAACAAUGUUAGCUUGAGAAGGGAAUUGGUGUUCACUUGAAGUGGCUAACUUGUUCUACUGCAAAACCACUGUAACAGAUUUUGGAAUUAUGCAAGAAAUAAUAUUUAGCCUCUUAAUCCAGAUAACUUCCAUUUUACACAAUUCCAAUUUUCGUAGAUGUUUACAAUGUA